CAUAAAAAGAUUCAUGUAUGGGACCAAAAGAUGAAAUUUGGCUUUGUGUCAGCUAGCAGAGGUGGAGGUUGUCUGUAGCAGUGUGAUCUGGUGGAUACCCCUCAAGGGAGGAGUUAAGUCUCCUUGUUAGGAGACCAGAUCUACCUGGGAUUUUAUCCCCUACAAUUCUGAAUUACAUAUGGGAGGGGGAAAGAGAAACAGCACAGUGAAGCUGUGAUAAAGGUUGGGUUGAUCUCCUGGGACCAUUUGUUCGAAGGAACAUUUGUGCUGUGUCAGCACGUAGUGGCCUUAAUCCAAAACUAAGAAUGCAAAUCUAGGGCUUAGCCACCCUGAAGUACAAAGGAGUAAUGGAUGCUGAUGGAAACCUGUAUAUUUUCCAGGGCAGCAGGUUAUUGCAAGAGGGAAGUCAGGUCAUCUUGCUGUCUUGUAAGCAGCUCUGUCCAUGGGAGAAGGUUAGGAGGGGGACAGGUUUGAGGAAAAUAGUAGUAAUAAUUGGAAUAAUAAUGUGCUUAGGCUCCAUUCCUUCUCUUCUUUACAUCUGAGCAACAAUGCAUGCAUAUCUCAUAUAGCCCAUGCUGGCACUUAGCCCUUCCAGGCAGAGUAAAUGGCUGCCCUGAGUGCAGGGGAGUUUUAGCAGUCUCCUUGAAGUCAAAAGAUUCUGCCCGCAGACCCACUCAGCAAAUGACACAAAGGAGAAGUAUGGAAAGCUGAGGAGGGAAACAAGGUGCAGGUAUACAGAGGUUGCACCAUAAAGCAUAGAAGCCAAGCAGAAAAACCCCACUCCCUGCCUCCAGGGGGUCGUGAGCAGGCCUCAGGCAACCUCAGGUGUAUGUGCUGGGGGUAGCAGCAGGUGUGAGUUGUUCUGAGUAACGUGGCAAGGUUCUUAUUCACUGCUGCUUAUUCAUUUGCUCCCAGUUGCAGCCAGGUUUUAGCUAAGAAUGUUGGCAUAGCAGCUCCAUGUAAUUUCUUAUAUGUCCACUGCUAGCACAGGUGCCCUCACUGCAGCUGGGUAGUCCUGUCUUCAGCUGGGAUUUACAGCAAAAUGGGAUGCCUGCUGACACCUCUGUGUGGGGAAAUGAAUCUUGAUGUGGUUUUGCCUUCCUGGUCCUCCCUGACCAACCUGCUCAAUGAUGAGGCCGAUGAGUAUUACGAGUACUAUGAUGAAUACACGCAGGUGGAGGAGGAACCCUCUGAAGUGAAUUGGCUCUUGGGGGAACCCGACUGGAUAGGCCUAUCCCCUCACCACAGAAGAAUCCAGCAAGAAGAUCUGUGCUCCCCCAACCCCUGCAAGAACAACGGUCGAUGUGAGAUGAGAGGAAGCAAUUUCACCUGCCUCUGCUCCAGGCCCUACACUGGGGAUACCUGUGAGAAAGUGGAGGACACCUGUGUGGACAACAGCUGUGUUGGAGGAGACUGCCUUGUUACAUUAACCAAACCUUACUAUCAGUGCAGCUGUAGCCAUCCCUACAAGUUACCAUACUGCCAGCAAGCUUCUUCACAAUGCAGGCCAAACCCAUGCAAAAAUGGAGGAAUCUGUAUACGGCACAGAAUGAGAACAAAAUUCACCUGCAAGUGCCCUGAACCUUACCGAGGGAGGUUCUGUGAGAUUGGACCGGAUGAUUGUUAUGAAGAGGACUCCUUUUAUUACAGAGGAAGAGUGAAUCAAGCAGAGAAUGGCAGGACUUGCCUGCACUGGAAUUCCCAUUUGCUCUUAGACUUCCCUACUAAUGCAUUUAUGAAGGAUGCUGAGCUUUUUGGCAUUGGGGAACAUAACUUCUGCAGAAAUCCUGAUGAUGAUCAAAAGCCCUGGUGCUUCAUCAGAAAAAAUGGCAAAGUGAAAUGGGACUUCUGUGAUGUUUCACUGUGCUCUGAAACAGUGCACGUUGCUGUUUCUUCCAACACAGAUAAGGAGAUCCAAGAGCAAGAAAAUGAAAUGUUCAAAACCUGUGGGCAACCAGAAAGUCAAAGGGGACUCAAGAGAAUCUAUGGUGGAACUAAAACUACAGCUGGCAAGCACCCCUGGAUGGUAUCUCUGCAGAGAAAGUCUUCUUCUAGAAAAGUAACACACAUCUGUGGUGGAGUGCUAAUUAAAUCAUGCUGGGUUCUUACUGCUGCACACUGUGUUGAAUGCCAAGCAGAAAAUCUCCAAGUGGCCCUGGGAAAGCAAAACCUUGAUAAGAAAGAAGAUCAAGAGCAAAUAUUUGAUGUGGAGAAGGUCAUCAUGCAUCACAGAUACAGAAUGGAGGAUGAUGUCCCAUACAAUGAUAUUGCGUUACUUAAGUUGAAGCCGACUGGUGGUCAAUGUGCCAACGAAACAAAGUAUGUGAAAACAGCUUGUCUGCCAGAUUUUGAAUUUCCUGUUGGGACUGAUUGCUUCAUUUCAGGAUGGGGCAAGACAGAGACAGAUGACAGUUCCCCUAAGCUGUUAGAUGCCAGUGUCAAGCUGAUUUCGCAGAAGCAAUGCAAUGCACCCAGAGCUUAUGAUCAGAGGCUGGAUGAAAGCAUGUUUUGUGCAGGAAAUCUUCGGAGAGGUAGAACUGAUUCUUGUCAGGGAGACUCUGGAGGUCCUCUAACUUGCGUAGAAAAUGGUUUCUAUUAUGUAUAUGGCAUUGUGAGCUGGGGUGAUCAGUGUGGUUUAAAAAACAAGCCAGGAGUUUAUACCCAGGUGACAUCAUUUCUUCGUUGGAUUAAACACAAAAUUCAAACUGAGUCAUCGGAUCAGUAGCUGACAGCUUUCAUUUGGUGAAGGAAUUUCCGAAGCAUCAGGAUUAACUGUGACCUGCUGAGAUCCUUCCGGCCCCACUUGGUCCUGUAAGAUCAAACACAACUACAUCAUGAAGAUAGCUGAAAGCAGAAAGCUAAGAUCUUAUUCUAUAAAUAUAUUUACUAAUUAAAAGUUACCUCGACUGGAAACAACUGGACAAAGUCUGAAUUACUGCUCUGUACUGAGACAAUCUCUACCAUGGAAAAAUGUGGAUAGCUGACCCAUUCGUGUCAAAUAUCCAAGGUCAGGAUGUGCUCAGUGCCUAAUUUCUAAUUUGAGCAUUAAAUAAUGAACGCAUUAGCAAACA